GGAGGACGAAGCGUCACUAGGAACUGGCCGUAACCUAGAGCUCCGUGUUGGUUGUGUGCGCUUUAGUGCGAGACAUGAGUGGCUAUAGAUUUCUAGCAGCGUGUGGAGAAGGGAGGAAAGCUGCAGAACAUCUUAUAUAUGACCAGGCUGUGGCGCAUAACCUCAAGAUGUGGUCUGGAUUGUGGAACAGUUGCAGAGCUCUUAGCCAUAACUCCCAACACAAUAUUAAAGGCACAAAACAACCUCUUAAAAAACCUACAACACCACAAGGGAAAUUUGAUGACUCAGAACAGACAACAUUAGAAAAGAACCCACUGGAAAAAUUUCCUGAUGACAUCAAUCCUGUAACUAAAGAAAAAGGCGGACCCAGAGGACCUGAGCCAACUCGCUAUGGAGACUGGGAGAGAAAAGGACGCUGCAUAGACUUUUAGCUUUAUAUACAGGAUUUUAGUAAAUGUAGUAGUAUCACUUUAUAAAAAAUGUAGGGAUAGUAUUUAUAUUAAUAAAGAACAUAUGCACUUUAAAUAAUUUUUGAAGACAAACCUUGGGCUUGCAAAUUUAAUUUAACCUUGCUGAAUACAUUUCACACAAACACAAGGGACAGUGUUUUUCUUUUUAUAUCCAAACCUUCACCCACUACAUGGCUUUACUUUAUCUUCUGACUCCAGAACCUUAAAUAUGUUAUUUCACAACUGUCAUGUCUGUCAGUCACUUUGGCUUUGGUGGGGCAUUGUAAUCUUUUGACUUGCUGGGGCACAAAUGCAUCAGAUUUUUAAAUUUGAGUAUAUGAAAAAUACAGCUUUCACUCCUGUACUAAGCUGUGAAGUAGAAAUUCCAUAAGACAGUUAAUUUUGACAUAAUCUUUCUGUAAAUUAAACAAAUUGGAAUAGGUUAUUCUUCAUGAGAAGCAUUAUUUCUGUUCACAUUUCUCUAUACAUAUACAUCAGUGUCUUUAAAAAACUGUAUAAACUGGAGUAGAGUAAACUUCAUUCAUUGGUCCCAUUCAAAUUGUGACCACUUGGUGAUAAAAUUAUGCUAAAAAGAGGAUACACCACAACAAAGUACCUAUGUUUGGUGCCCAUUAAAUGCAUUGUAUACUGAA